AUGCCGUUGAAGGUGAUUGUCGUAGGAGCUGGGAUCGGAGGGUUGACUGCGGCGGUAGCCCUCCGUCAAGCCGGUCAUGAUGUCGAAAUCUUUGAGAGAUCCGCCUUCGCCGCUGAAAUAGGCGCCGCGCUAAUGGUCUGUCCAAACGGAACGCGAGUGCUGAAUAGACUCGGCUUCUCGUUCGCAAAUGCGCGUGCCAUUAUCCUCAAGAACAUCAACGUCAUGGAUGGACAGACAUUAGAACAGACAGCGGCAGUAGAUGUGAGCAAAGCGGAAGAGACAUUCGGCGCGAAACUAUGGGCAGUACACCGCGUAGAUCUGCACAAAGAGUUGUUGCGCUUGGCGACUGGAGAGGAUGGGCUAGGCCGGCCGGUGAGGUUGCGAUUGAGCUCCGAGGUGGCAACAGCGGAAACGGAUGGUACGAUUGUGCUGAAGGACGGUUCGGUACAUACGGCGGAUCUUGUUGUUGCUGCGGAUGGACUGAAGUCGGUGCUGCAGAGGGUAGUAACCGAUGCAGCUGGACCACCGACAGCGACUGGAUUGAGUGCGUUCCGCUUUUUACUCGACACGGAAGUGUUAAAAGCUGAUCCGAGGCUCGCGGCGACGCUGGACAAGAAGGGUAAGUCUGAUGUCGGAUCGCUGCAAGAUACUCAGGACCCCACGAAGGUGAGGUAUAUGAUCUGGUACGAAUGUAGAGACGGCAAGACGCAGAACUACGUAGGCAUACAUCCUACAAGAGACGUGAAUGGUAAUGAUCAAGAGGAAGUAAAAGCCGCAAUGCUGGAUGAGUUCAAGCAUUUUGCACCGGAGGUGCUUGGAAUGAUCAAACAAGCGUCGGCGGCGAAGUGCUGGCCAUUAUUUAUGCUACCAUUCAAUGCACAAGGUGCAGUGUCGGCCAUGGAAGACGGUGGAGCUCUAGGCUAUCUUUUCCAGGAUACCGAUGAUGCCGGACUGGUGCCUGAGCGAUUAGAAGUCUUCCAACGCGUUCGAGCGGAUCGCGUAGCUCGCGUACAAAUUCUAUCCAACGUAAAGUUAGGCAGAGAGAAAGAAGUCGAGGAACAAGUUCGGCGGUAUGCCGAUCCGCAGGGCUCGAGCGUGCCCACGAACAUGGUUGAGCAUGUUGCUCAUGAUUAUGGAUACGACGUCUUUCAGAAGUGUGAUGAAGUUUUGGCAGGAAGCCUGAACAGUCGCCUACCGGCAUAG